CACAUGUCGGUACCUUAGGUAGACUUGAAAGGGCGCAAGUCAGGGUCCGGUAUCUCGUCAGUUCAUACUGUCGGAGGGGUUGUUUUGUUGCUGCAUGGCGAAUGAUCAAUUCCAGGGCCGGGAUGCCCUACGAAGUACACUACAUUCCAACUCCUGGCCCCCCCCCCCAUUUCGCUCUUAUGUCGAAUUAGCUUUCUGACGGCCGACACUCCGUCGCAAGCUUAGUCUAAGCAGAACCAGAGAUCAACUACCACUCGGCCGGAUCCGAGCAUCACCAUCACCUCGACCCCAGGCCCGGAGAUCAUUGCCCUCUUCAUCCAUCCCGAUCAUCAUAGGGAAAACCUCCUCCUGGAAAUGCGGCCGACAGCUCUCCCGUGGCGUAAAAUGCCCUUCCUUCUUCACGCAACCGUCGAAACCGCCGCCGCCAUCUCCUUUAUUUCCCACCCGGACUCGCAGCUACCGAGGCCCGUCUCAUCUUCCCCCGCCGCCCGCCUCAUCCUGGAAUCCCUGGGCGGCCUCUUGCUCUCGACCAACCUCAUCUGCCUCAUCUUCCUUGUGCGCCCUGUCUUCGAUGAAACGAGCCGGCUCGUGGCCGCUUCGUUGGCUUUCUGGCACGUCUGGGCUUGUCGUCGCGCUUGGGUACGGCUGACGACCGACAAGGUGGCCGAGUCGGGCACUACUCCCGCGCGCACAUUCGGGGGACCGGCUGUGCAUCUAGGGGUGCAUGUUGUUUUGUUGGGUUCGUUGCUGAGUGCUGCUGUCGUGAGCUAGGGAAAGGGGAGAGGAGGCGUAGUCGAGCACCAAUGGACCAAUGCGAAAUCGAGCGUCGAGUUGGAAGUUGGUCAAGAGGCAGCAAGCUCAUGUCACCAUCAUGAUCUCUAUUUUCCUUGAAAUCAAAUGCCCCAAACAAGAUUAUCUGG